AUGUCUAUGAUAAGUCCUGACUAGGAUCACUACGAUCACCUGUUUAAAAUAGUGCUGAUUGGAGACUCAGGAGUAGGCAAGUCCAACCUACUACUGCGAUAUACCAAGAAUCAGUUCAAGAUAAAUUCCUAGUCUACGAUUGGUGUGGAAUUCGCAACACGAGGAAUAAAAGUAGAGGAUUAAUAUGUGAGAGCUCAGAUCUGGGACACUGCGGGAUAGGAGAGAUAUAGGGCUAUUACAAAUGCUUAUUACAGAAAUGCAGUCGGAGCUUUACUAGUCUACGAUAUUACUAAGUAUAGUACCUUCCAAAAUAUCGAGAGAUGGUUUGCUGAGCUAAGAGAGCAUGCUGAAUGUAACAUAUCAGUACUACUCGUAGGAAAUAAAUCAGACUUGAGACAGAGCAGAGCUGUAUCGUUUGAUGAAGCAAGUUCAUAUGCAAAAAAGCACAAUAUUGCAUUCAUUGAGACUAGCGCUUUAGAUUCAACUAAUGUUGAGAAAGCAUUUGUAAAAGUAAUACACGAUAUCUAUCAUUAGACAAUAAAAGAGAAUCAGUAGGAUUUCGAAGCCUAAUAGAAUCAAGACUACGGAGAAACUAGCUCAGUGAGAAAUGAUAGGACAGGCAUGAGUAAGCAAAGGAAUCUAAGAUUACAUCGAGAAGAGGCAAGCUAGGGCUACGGCAAAAAUAAUGAAGGAAAUGCAACCACUUCAGGUAGUGAUCCUUAGUUAAAUUUGUAGUCAUGCUGUUUUAAGUAGUGA